CUACACAAUUAGAUAGAGAUGUAAUAAGACAAAGUAGUUGCAUGCAUGAAUCUUACAACUUUAUGAUUUCAUCAGACCUGUAAGAAGCUGAAGUUGGAUCCACAUCUUGUUGUACCAUUUCAAGGUAGGUAGUUAAAAAAUGUACACUAGCAACAGCUUGAGGGCAAAUUCUUCUUGGAGGAAUCAUGGUGCUGAGAGGUUUUCCAAUUCAACACGAGAAGAGGACGAUGAAGAAGCUCUGAAAUGGGCUGCCCUGGAAAAGCUCCCGACGUUUGAUCGUUUGAGAAAAGGGCUUUUGCUCGGGUCGAGAGGCGCUGCCAAUGAGGUCGACAUAGACGAACUUGGAUUUCAAGAACGCCGAGAUUUGCUGGAGAGGCUGGUUAGGGUUGCGGAAGAAGACAAUGAGAAGUUUCUUCUGAAGCUCAAGAAACGAAUUGACAGAGUUGGAAUAGAGUUGCCGAGGAUUGAAGUGAGAUUCGAGCACUUGAAAGUUGAGACAGAAGCUUAUGCGGGCAGCAGAGCCUUGCCUUCUUUCAUGAACUUCUAUGCCAAUAUCUUGGAGGAAUUCUCAAGCUAUCUCCGAAUAUUACCAAGCAGAAAGCAGCCACUGACAAUCUUGAACGAUGUCAGUGGAAUCUUGAAGCCUGGCCGCAUGACACUGCUUUUAGGGCCGCCGGGUUGUGGGAAGACAACGCUGUUGUUGGCUUUGGCUGGGAUGCUUGAUCCUAAACUCAAGUUUUCUGGAACUGUGACAUAUAACGGACAUGGGAUGAAAGAAUUCAUACCGCAAAGAAGUGCUGCGUACAUAAGCCAACACGAUGUCCACCUUGGUGAGAUGACUGUAAGAGAAACACUGGCAUUCUCCGCAAGAUGUCAAGGAGUUGGAAGCAAUCAUGAAAUGCUGGCAGAGUUGUCAAGAAGAGAGAAGGAGGCAAACAUAAAGCCUGAUCCUGAUGUGGAUAUAUACAUGAAAGCGGCCGCUAUAGAAGGUCAAGAAGCAAGUAUUGUCACAGACUAUAUUCUCAAGAUAUUGGGAUUGGACAUUUGUGCUGAUACUUUGGUAGGAGAUGAGAUGACUAGAGGGAUCUCCGGUGGGCAGAGGAAACGUGUUACGACAGGUGAGAUGUUGGUUGGACCAGCAAAGGCACUUUUCAUGGACGAGAUAUCGACUGGAUUGGAUAGUUCUACGACUUUCCAAGUUGUGAAUUCCAUUAGACAAUCUAUCCAUAUUUUGGAAGGGACUAUUCUUGUUUCACUUCUGCAGCCAGAACCUGAGACAUUUGAUCUGUUUGAUGACAUCAUCCUCAUGUCUGAAGGACAGAUUGUGUAUCAAGGUCCGCGUGAAAAUGUGCUCGAGUUCUUCCAGUCUAUGGGGUUCAAGUGCCCCGAAAGAAAAGGGGUGGCUGACUUCUUGCAAGAAGUAACAUCAGCGAAAGAUCAGCAGCAGUACUGGGCAGAUCAUGAGAAGCCUUACAGGUUUAUCACAGUCAAGGAAUUUGCUGAAGCGUUCAAGUUAUUUCACGUUGGGCAGAAACUAGACGGUAAGCUUGCAAACCCAUUCGACAAGACUAAAAGCCACCCGGCCGCUUUGACAACUAAAGAAUACGGUGUCAGCAAAAUGGAGCUCCUGAAAGCUUGUGCCUCCAGAGAACUCUUACUGAUGAGGAGGAACUCUUUUAUCUAUAUCUUCAACCUUUCCCAGAUUUCUCUAAUGGGUCUCAUAGCAACGACAGUCUUCCUUCGUCCUAAAAUGCACCGUGACAACAUACUAGAUGGGAGGAAAUUUUCUGGUGCUCUAUUCUAUACUGUUACUCAGGCUAUGUUCAACGGUAUGGCUGAGAUAGCCAUUCUCAUUCAAAAGCUUCCGGUUUUCUAUAAGCAAAGGAGUUAUUUCUUUUUCCCUGCAUGGGCAUAUGCUCUUCCCCUGUGGAUAUCAAAGAUCCCUGUUAAUGUUGUUGGAAUAGCUGCCUUUACGGUGCUCACCUACUAUGAGAUCGGAUUUGAUCCAAAUUUUGGAAGAUCUAUCAAAUAUUUCUUGAUACUCUUGCUUCAAAUUGAAGCGGCAUCCUCAUUGUUUCGUCUGAUUGGUGCAAUCGGUAGGAACAUGAUCGUAGCCAACACAUUUGGGUUCUUUGUAUUGCUUCUUGUUUUUGCAAUGAGUGGUUUUGUACUGUCAAGAGAGAAUGUAAAGAAGUGGUGGAUAUGGGGUUAUUACAUAUCACCAAUGAUGUACGCGGACAAUGCAAUCGUGGUGAAUGAAUUCACAGGUCACAGUUGGAGACACGUUGUCUCAAACACAAGAGUAUCAUUGGGAGUCGAGGUUUUGAAGUCUCUGGGGUUUUUCUCCGGCUCAUACUGGUACUGGAUAGGAGUAGGGGCAUUAUCAGGCAUGAUAUUGUUAUUCAACUGCUUAUGCAUUCUGGCUCUGACUUACCUUGACCCUCUGGGGAAACCUCAAGCUGUACUACCAGAAAAUGAUCAUGAGAGUACUAAAAGAAUUGGUGAGAAUAGUCACAAAAGAUGGAUGUAUAACUCGAUUUUAUACUUACUUUCAGGCUUUGAUUAAAAUCUUGAAUGGGGUAUUUCUUAACUGUUGAAUGUCUGAAUUUUGAGUGAAGAGCAAACCAAGAGGGAUGUCGUUCUUCCGUUCGAACCACACUCCAUAGCAUUUGAUGAUGUCAAGUACUCUGUUGACAUGCCGCAGGAAAUGAAAAGUAGGGGUGCUACUGAAGAUAGAUUACUACUCUUGAAGGGUGUCAGUGGAGCUUUUAGGCCAGGUGUUCUCACAGCUCUAAUGGGAGUUAGUGGGGCUGGUAAAACUACUCUUAUGGACGUGCUGGCCGGUCGAAAAACAGCUGGAUAUAUUGAGGGGAAUAUUACAAUCUCCGGUUAUCCAAAGAAGCAAGAGACAUUUGCUCGGAUUUCUGGAUACUGUGAACAGAAUGAUAUCCAUUCUCCUUGUGUUACAGUUUAUGAGUCCCUUCUUUUCUCAGCUUGGCUACGUUUACCUCCAGAAGUAGAUUCUCAAACCAGAAAGGCGUUCGUUGAGAAUGUGAUGGAACUCGUGGAGCUAACUUCACUAAGAGGAGGACUAGUCGGAUUACCAGGGAUUAAUGGCCUAUCAACAGAGCAGCGAAAGAGACUAACCAUAGCAGUCGAGCUGGUGGCCAAUCCUUCCAUCAUAUUCAUGGAUGAACCAACUUCAGGAUUAGAUGCAAGAGCCGCUGCAAUUGUGAUGAGAACGGUCAGGAACACGGUGGACACAGGAAGGACGGUUGUCUGCACUAUUCAUCAGCCUAGCAUCGACAUAUUUGAAGCUUUUGACGAGCUGUUAUUGAUGAAGCGAGGGGGAGAAGAAAUAUACGUAGGGCCACUGGGUCGACACUCCUGUAAUUUGAUCCAGUAUUUCGAGGGAAUCCAAGGAGUUCCAAAGAUCAGGGACGGAUACAAUCCGGCAACCUGGAUGCUGGAGGUAACAUCUUCAGCCCAAGAAAUGAUGCUGGGGAUCGAUUUUGCUGAACUUUACAGAAACUCGGAACUCUACAGGAGAAAUAAAGCUCUCAUAAACGAGCUAAGUACUCCUCAUCCUGGUAAGACAGACCUGCAUUUCCAAUCAGAGUAUUCUCAGCCACUUUUAACUCAAUGCAUCGCUUGCCUAUGGAAACAACACUGGUCGUACUGGCGCAAUCCUCUUUACUCUGCAGUAAGAAUUUUGUAUACAGCCUUCCUAGCCCUCAUGUUUGGAUCAAUGUUCUGGGAUCUUGGUUCCAAGAAGGAUACUCAGCAGGAUGUUAUCAAUGCUAUGGGGUCAAUGUAUGCAUCUGUGUUCUUCUUAGGCGUCCAGCUCGCUUCAUCGGUUCAGCCAGUGGUGGCUGUUGAACGAACGGUCUUUUACAGAGAACGGGCCGCUGGUUUGUAUUCCGCCUUACCAUAUGCAUUCGGGCAGGCUGUCAUUGAAGUUCCAUACUGUUUUGCUCAGGCUAUCAUAUACGGGACAAUCGUAUACGCAAUGAUCGGUUUUGAAUGGACAGCUGCAAAGUACUUCUGGUACAUAUUCUUCAUGUUCUUUACUUUACUCUACUUCACCUUUUACGGCAUGAUGGCCGUGGCCGCAACUCCUAAUCAGCAAAUAGCCCACAUCAUAUCCUUCCUCUUUUACGCGUUGUGGAACCUCUUUUCAGGAUUCGUCAUUCCAAGACCCAGCACACCCGUGUGGUGGAGAUGGUAUCAUUGGGCAAAUCCUGUGGCCUGGACCCUUUACGGUUUAGUUGCAUCACAGUAUGGAGAUGUAACAGAUCAGCUAGACACAAAACAAUCUGUUCAAGAAUUCGUGAGAAGUUACUUUGGGUUCAGACACGAUUUUUUAGGUGUUGUUGCUGCCGUGAUUGUCGCGUUUGUAGCUGUCUUCGGUUUUAUAUUCGCGUUCUCUGUCAAGGCUUUCAAUUUCCAGAAGCGAUAAAUAUGUAUUCACUAGUUUGUAUAAAAUACUUUUAUCAAAGACAUAUAUCUAGUGUAGAUCAUGAAACAUUUUUCCUCACUUUUUA